AUGGCCGCUCCCGUCGCCCACAAGUAUCCCUCGCCGCUGGCGGGUUUCGAAACCGCCCCUCCGCUACCCGCCGACCUCGACGCCAAGACGCCCGUGAAUCCGGAGGGCAAGGCGCUCAGCGAAGCCUACGACCGCUUCACCGCGCCGUUGGACAAUGGCCAGAGGGGAGGAUUCGACGUCCACAUUUACUACUUCCAGUGGAACGCCGAGCAGACAAAGUAUGCUCGCGAGCUGUGGGAGCGCAUCAGACGAGAGUUCCCAGAGUUGAGAAUCUACAAGUUCUGGGACCGCCCAGUUGGCCCUCACCCCGUUGCCAUGUUUGAAGUCAAUGUCUUUACGCCCCAUGAGUUUGGGGCCUUUGUAGCUUGGCUGGCCGUCUGGCGCGGGCCGCUGUCUGUGCUCAUCCAUCCCAAUACUAUCCCUGGGGAAGGGGAGACGCCCCUCGAGGCUGGGCUGCGUGAUCAUACCCAGGGGGCGAUUUGGAUGGGCGAGAGAUUUCCCCUGGAUGUUGCGCUGUUUCAGUCAUAG